AUGCUUUUAUCUAUAAACUCUGACACAAGAACGGUGUACAAAUUUUUGUUACGUUAUUCCUUAUGGAAGAGCUUUGAGCAUCCUGGGGACACAUUCUUACCAGGAGCAGAGUUGGGUCGUAAUGUCAAAACUGGGGAGAGUUUUGUGUUGACUUCGUGGAAUAGCAAUAGUGAUCCUUCAGUUGGAGAUUUCACUUUUGGAGUUUCCAAAACGAAACCACCAGAAGUUUCCAUUUGGAUAAACGGAUCGAAGGUACUAUGGAGAAGUGGACCAUGGGCUAAAAUUAAGUUCACGGGUAUACCAGACAUGGAUCCAAAUUAUGGAAGUCCUUCCAAUCUCGUAGAAGAAGCAGAAGAAGGAACGAUACGUCUCCGUUUUAAUUGGGACUACAACAACUCGGCUGUGGGAAUAAUUUUCAUCACAUCUACAGGUGUUCUAACACUUGAGGCAAAAGAAAUAGAUAAAGGCAACGACUGGUAUACGGACUGGGUGGCACCAGCGACUCGCUGCGAUGUCUAUGGAGUUUGUGGACCUUUUGGGGUAUGCAACGAGUCUGUGUCUCCCAUUUGCAAGUGUUUGAAGGGUUUUGAACCAAAAUCAUUUGAAGAGUGGAGCAAAGGAAAUUGGACUGGAGGGUGCCUGAGACGGAACCAAUUAAGUUGUGACAAAAACACCACUGGUUUAGCCUCACAAAGAGGUAAAAACGAUGGAUUUUGGAAGAUAGGUAAUGUGAAACUUCCCGAGUUAUAUGAAUAUGAGAUUGACUAUUCUGAUAAGGAGAGCUGUCAAAACUGGUGCCUGAAUAAUUGCUCUUGCAUAGCUUAUGCAUAUGUAGAAGGAAUAGGGUGUUUAGUCUGGUACAAAGGCCUGAUUGACAUUAGUCCCUAUGAUGCAGAAGACCUUUUCCUUCGCCUUGCUGACGCAGAAAUAGAUGGAGGAGCAGGACAUAAAGUUAAGAAGAUUAUCAUCAGCCUUGCAACUCUUUCUACUGUUGGGACAAUAGCAGUCAUAGUAUUAUGUUUGCAGAGACGGAGAGAUAGAAAAAAGGGAAACACUAUGGAGACCACAGAGCACAUUGACUUUGGCACCAUUUUACAUGUGACAAACAACUUCAGCCCAACGAACAAACUUGGGCAAGGAGGAUUUGGUUCUGUUUACAAGGGAAAAUGUCCGGAUGGGAGGGAAAUAGCAGUUAAAAAACUCUCUAGUAGCUCAGGGCAAGGCACAGAAGAAUUCAAGAAUGAGUUGAUAUUGAUCUCAAAACUCCAACACAGAAAUCUUGUUAGGCUCUUGGGCUACUGCAUUGAGAAAGAAGAGAAAUUACUAGUUUAUGAGUUCAUGCAAAAUAAAAGCCUGGACAAUUUCAUCUUUGAUCCAAGAGGAAGAGAACAGCUGAACUGGGGUACUCGGGUGAACAUCAUACUAGGAGUUGCUAGAGGUCUUUUAUAUCUCCAUCGUGACUCAUCUUCAAGAGUGAUACACAGAGAUUUAAAGGCCAGCAACAUUCUUUUAGAUGAGAAGAUGAACCCAAAGAUAUCAGACUUUGGAUUGGCUCGCAUUUUCGAAGGAACACUGGAUCUCGCAAAUACUCAAGGGGUUGUUGGAACUUUAGGCUACAUGUCUCCUGAAUAUGCCAUGGGUGGAGUCUUUUCAGAAAAAUCAGAUGUCUUUAGCUUUGGCGUAUUGAUCUUAGAGAUAGUUAGCGGCAAGAAGAACUCUAACUUCCAUUAUUAUGAGAAACCUCUUUGCCUUAUUGCUCAUGAGACUAGAUAGUAGAUACGAGUAUGACUAUACGUCAAUAUAAAAGGGGCAAUGUCCCACGUCUUUUUAUUGGAGCUAUGUCUGAGAAUAAUAACUAUAAUAACUGUGGAGUAAAUUCCCUCAUGAGCUGUCAAAACCAGAAACAAACAGAACAUCAGUUACAACCAACUCAGCAAGUCUCUAGACACAACAUCUAAUUAACCCAACCGUUUACAACAACAAUUUUUUUUUUCUUUCAUGUAAAAGGGAAAGAAAGGGGCUGUGAGUGUGAGGCUUGACCAUUCUUGUAAAAGGGGUUCAGCUUUUGGUUGACUCUUGAGAAGAAAAAGAUACAGAGAGAGUUUGUAAGAAAGGGGUUUAUUUUGUAAGGGUUCUGAAAAGAAAAGAAAUACAGAAAACGAAAAGAAAAACUGAGAGAAGGAAGGAAGGAUUACCUGUCGAUACUGUGGCAUGGAUUCCUUGAUCAUUGAUGUACCAAAUUGAAUGUCUAGUGCAGAUCUGAGCUUCCCUGAGGAGAGCUCAACGAGGUCGUAACCCAGAUUGGGGUGAACCUCGAUAAAAUUGUUGUCUUGCAUCCUCUCUUUAUUUUUCUUUCUUCUGAUUGCUUGAACUUGUUGAUUGCUUCUGAUUUCUGAAUGGUUUGUGCAUGAGUUCUCGAAGUCUUGUUCAACUCUGCAUAGAUAAAAGUCAGGUAAAAGGUUUUAAUCUAUUAGCUGAAUAUUCAUUGAACUCUGUGGUCAUUUUGGUCCACACGCGUGAUUGUUGAAAGGUCAUUUGUGACCUUGGUUUUGCUAAUGUGUCUGUGAGUUGGUGUAGGGCAGAAAAGUAAUUUUCCUUCCUACAAUAACGUAUGUGGAAAACCAGGUGGAGUCAAGCUUCCCUUUGAGAAGAGAAGACCUAUGGUGGUGAUAGUUUUAUAGUAGACUUGUCUAUAUAUGUCAUUUUAUCUUGAUUCUCGUUCUAAUCCACAAGAUUGAUGAUG